AAUUAUGGCAUUCCUUGUGCGACGAUCUCUUCCUGUACUUCUGAGAAGCGGUGCUAACCAGGUGUCCCAAGUGGCCGCCUACCACCCUAAAGUGAUCGACCACUACGAGAACCCGAGAAAUGUCGGAUCCAUGGACAAGAAUGACGACGAUGUCGGAACUGGGCUGGUGGGAGCUCCAGCUUGCGGUGACGUCAUGAAGCUCCAAGUCAAGGUGGACGAUAAAGGAAACAUCGUGGACGCCAAGUUCAAAACAUUCGGGUGUGGAUCGGCGAUCGCGUCCAGUUCUCUGGCAACUGAGAUGAUCAAAGGCAAGAAGAUCGACGAUGCGGCUAUGAUCAAAAAUCAGCAGAUUGCAAAUGAGUUGAAUCUUCCACCUGUGAAGCUGCAUUGCUCAAUGCUGGCUGAAGACGCUAUUAAAGCGGCGAUAAAUGACUACAAACUGAAGAAACAGAAAAACAGCGCCAGUCAGUGACGCCGACGCCUCAGUCUGAUUCAUUGGCUGUGGUUCUUUUCCGCGCUAGGCAUGGAAUGCCAUUUGAAAUGAUAAAAUUAGAGAACUGAACUUAGUUUUACUGUACUUAGAGCAUUACUUAACCUCGAGCGAUAGUUAAAGUUAACUCUGCA